UGCUCGCGCGCGAGGUUGGCUGGCGGCGAGUUCCCGCGGCCCCGCCCUGCCCUUGAGUCCUCGGCUCCCGGCUCUGCGACACACCAUGGCUAUGCUGGCGGCCCUUGUGCGCGGCGGCGCCCGCAGCCGCAGCCCCCCGCUUCGGUGGGUGCUGCAGGAAAUAAGGUAUAUGGAGCGAAGUUAUGCGUCAAAACCCACUUUGAAUGAAGUGGUCAUAGUAAGUGCUACAAGAACACCCAUUGGAUCCUUUCUAGGCAGCCUUUCCUUAGUGCCAGCCACCAAACUUGGUUCCAUUGCAAUACAGGGAGCCAUUGAAAAGGCAGGGAUUCCAAAAGAAGAAGUGAAAGAAGCAUACAUGGGUAAUGUUAUACAAGGAGGUGAAGGACAAGCCCCUGCAAGGCAAGCAGCGUUGGGUGCAGGCUUACCUAUUUCUACUCCAUGCACCACCAUAAACAAAGUUUGUGCUUCAGGAAUGAAAGCUAUCAUGCUGGCCUCUCAAAAUCUUAUGUGUGGACAUCAGGAUGUGAUGGUGGCAGGUGGGAUGGAGAGCAUGUCCAAUGUUCCAUAUGUAAUGAACAGAGGAGCAACACCAUAUGGUGGGGUAAAGCUUGAAGAUUUGAUUGUGAAAGAUGGGCUAACUGAUGUCUACAAUAAAAUUCAUAUGGGCAACUGUGCUGAGAAUACAGCAAAGAAGCUGAGUAUUUCACGAGAUGCACAGGAUGCUUAUGCUAUUAAUUCUUACACCAGAAGCAAAGCAGCAUGGGAAACUGGAAAAUUUAGAAAUGAAGUUGUUCCUGUCACCAUUACAGUAAAAGGUAAACCAGAUGUCGUGGUGAAAGAAGAUGAAGAAUAUAAACGUGUUGAUUUUAGCAAAGUUCCAAAGCUGAAGACAGUUUUCCAAAAAGAAAAUGGCACAAUUACAGCUGCCAAUGCCAGCACACUGAAUGAUGGUGCAGCUGCUCUGGUUCUGAUGACUGCAGAUGCAGCCAAGAGGCUCAAUGUGAAGCCACUGGCAAGAAUAGCAGCAUUUGCUGAUGCUGCUGUAGAACCUAUUGAUUUUCCAAUUGCACCUGCAUAUGCUGUACCUAAGGUUCUUAAAAAUGCAGGAUUGAAAAAAGAAGAUAUAACAAUGUGGGAAGUAAAUGAAGCCUUUAGUCUGGUUGUACUGGCAAACAUUAAAAUGCUGGAGAUUGAUCCCAAAAAAGUGAAUAUCAAUGGAGGAGCUGUUUCUCUGGGGCAUCCAAUUGGGAUGUCUGGAGCCAGGAUUGUUGUUCAUUUGACUCAUACAUUGAAGCAAGGAGAAUACGGUGUUGCCGGCAUUUGCAAUGGAGGAGGAGGUGCUUCUGCUAUGCUGAUUGAGAAGCUGUAGACAACCUCUGUUGUUUAAGGAGAAAACCCUGUGUAACCUGAUGUAAUUAGUGUGUCUGUGCUGGGUGGGCUUGGACUUAAGCUAUUUCAUUUUUUAAUUAUUUUCUAUUUUAACGUUUUAAAAUAAAAAUGAUUAAAUCCUAAA